AUGUCUUCGCUCACUGUACGAGCUCCGACACGCACUGAAAUUCUAGCAGCUGCACAAAAUCGUCAUCUCAGCACCCCGUGCAGCUUUCAGCUCGACUCCGUACGCUCUCAGCUGGAGCAGAAACAUGUCUUCACUAUUGCACCGACAGGCUCCGGAAAGACUAUGACCUUCUGGCUCCCGCUCCUCUUUCAUGACGGUGUUCAAAUUAUGGUCACUCCACUCAACAUUUUGGGAGAAAAGAAUGCAGGAGAGCUGUUGGAAAAGAUGGGUAUCUCAGCGGUCAAUCUUGUAGCUGACCGACACCUGAGUGCGAAGAUCAAAGAUGUUCGUGCCCUCAAAUACCGUGUAGUCAUUUCUAGCCCCGAGAUUUUUAUGGAAAAUGCUGAAUUUCGAUCUCUCUGGACUCUUCCCGCUUUUCUCGCUCACCUCUUCAACGUGACAUUCGACGAAGCACAUUGUAUCACCGCCUGGGGAGGGGCUGACUUCCGGCCAGCAUAUAAGGACAUCAGUGCCUUGCAGUGGUUGCUACCAAAACACGUUCGGUUCCACUUUUUGUCUGCCACCUUCACCGCUCCUGUUUCAUCGGAAAUUCGAACGCUUUUUGGAAUACGCGCCGAAGAACUCGCAGUGAUCCGACUUUCAAAUGACCGACCAAACAUCCAUCUCAAGGUCAUAGAGAUGGUUUCAACAACAAGCAAGAUUCACGAUCUUAAACGUGUUCUACAUUUUCCGGCGAAUGCGGAUGAUAUAACACGACCACCGAAAUUCAUGAUCUUCACAAAUAAGCGCCGCGAGAGUGAGCUGCUGGUCAAACAGAUUUGGAACGAGCUUCCAGAAGUCUUUCGUGCAAAGGUGGCGUGGUUCCAUGCUGGGAUGUCCGAUACGUUCCGGCGAGAUGCGAUGGAGAAGCUUCGAGUGGGGGAGAUGUUUGGCAUUGUGUGUACUGAUGCUGCUGGAAUGGGCCUCGAUCUUCCAGACGUGAGAAUGGUUAUUCAAUGGGGCCACACCGUCUCAUUGUGCACGUUGAUGCAGCGCCUUGGGCGGGCUGGUCGGGACCCAUCAAUAGAUGCAUUAGGCGUGUAUUUUGUCGAAUCUUCACAUUUCGAUGGUGCAAAGCAAAAGAAGGAGAAGAAACGAAAGCAGUUGGAUGGCGAAGCCCCACCGCCAAAGAGGCGGAAGGUGGGCAGUACGCAGGUUGUUAAAAUCAGUCUCGACGAGAUGGACAGAGCAGAGGAGAAGAGAUGGGAGAGCAUGAAUAAUUCGACCACCAGUAUGCCUAAAUUUCCGUCUCCGCAUGGUAUGGAACCCAUCAAGUAUGAUACGCUCAUGAUGGACUGGAUCAUCAACUGCCAGUCUCGCAUCGUCUGUCCGCGACGCAUUGCUAACGCAUACUUCAAGAAUCCUGUUGUUGUGUCAAUCUGUGGUUGUGCAAAUCAACGCUGUGGUGGACGAAGCCCUCGUUCCUGUUGCUCAGUCUGUGAUCCAACAUAUUUCCUUCCACGUCGUAUACCACCAAUCGCUCCCAACAAACGUGGUAAAAAUCAGAUGAAACCCGACGAAUUCACUUGGAAAUCUUCCGAUAUUGCGCUGCGCGAUGCUCUCAAUAACUGGAGAUACGAGAAAGUGUGUUCCUUAGGGCUGGAGAACGAUUUCUUUGGGCCUCAGUUCAUCCUCUCAAAUGAGAUUCGUGACCGGAUAAUCAAUCUUGCUCACUAUUCUCUUCUUCCUCUUGAUCUUGACUCGCCUGCUGCACGCCAAGCGACACUAGAGGUCUUCCAGCACCAAACACAGUGGCGAUAUAGUGUCGAUCACGGAGAGACACUUAUCAAAAUAAUCCAACAAUUCCCUCCGCCUCCUCCACCUCCUCCGCCUCCGCCUCCCCCCACCUCCACCAGCACCUGUACCAGCAGCCGCAAUAUCCACUGUGGCUGCACCAGUAGUGCCACUUCAGAUAUGUCCGGUGAAUCUCGCAUUGCCAAAGACAAAGCAGAAGCGAACCUGUAA